AUGUCGUUCGGAGGGCAAACGCCCACCAUCAUCGUCCUCAAGGAAGGAACCGACACCUCACAGGGCAAGGGCCAGAUCAUCUCCAACAUCAACGCCUGCCUCGCCGUUCAGGCCACGAUAAAGCCCACGCUCGGCCCCUACGGCGGCGACCUGUUGAUGGUGGACGAGAAUGGCAGGCAGACCAUCACCAACGACGGCGCGACCGUCAUGAAGCUCCUCGACAUCGUUCACCCCGCCGCCCGCAUCCUCGUCGACAUCGCCCGCUCCCAGGAUGCCGAGGUCGGCGACGGCACCACGUCGGUCGUCGUCCUUGCCGGCGAGAUCCUCAAGGAGGUCAAGGACCACGUCGAGCAGGGCAUCAGCCCCCAGAUCAUCAUCAAGGGCCUGAGGAAAGCGGCCCAGAUGGCUGUCAACAAGAUCAAGGAGAUUGCCGUCAGCACCGACGGCAACCGCCGCGAUACGCUGUCCAAGCUCGCCGCCACAGCCAUGACGAGCAAGCUGAUAAAGCGAAACACGGACUUCUUCACCAAGAUGGUCGUCGACGCCGUCCUGUCCCUCGACCAGGAUGACCUCAACGAGAAGCUCAUCGGCAUCAAGAAGAUCCCCGGCGGAUCCCUCACCGAUUCGCGCUUCGUCAACGGCGUCGCCUUCAAGAAGACGUUUGCCUACGCCGGCUUCGAGCAGCAGCCCAAGUCGUUCAAGAAGCCCAAGAUUGUCUGCCUGAACGUCGAGCUCGAGCUCAAGGCCGAAAAGGACAACGCCGAGGUCCGCGUCGAGCAGGUGUCCGAGUACCAAGCCAUCGUCGACGCCGAGUGGCAGAUCAUCUACAAGAAGCUCGAGUCCAUCUCCAAGACGGGCGCCAAGGUGGUGCUCAGCAAGCUGCCCAUCGGCGACCUCGCCACGCAGUACUUUGCCGACCGGGACAUCUUCUGCGCCGGCCGCGUCGCCUCCGAGGACAUGGAGCGCGUCGUGCAGGCCACGGGCGCCACCGUCCAGUCGACCUGCUCCGACAUUCUCCCGGCCCACCUCGGCGUCUGCGGCAGCUUCGAGGAGCGGCAAAUCGGCGGCGAGCGCUUCAACUUCUUCGAGGAGUGCCCCGAGGCCAAGACGUGCACGCUCGUGCUUCGUGGAGGCGCCGAGCAGUUCAUCGCCGAGGUCGAGCGAUCCCUGCACGACGCCAUCAUGAUCGUCAAGCGAGCCAUCAAGAACCACCUCAUCGUCGGCGGCGGCGGCGCCGUCGAGAUGGAGAUUUCGGCCUACCUCCACCGCUUCGCCGACACCAAGAUCACGCACAAGCAGCAGGCCAUCAUCAAGUCGUUUGCCAAGGCGCUCGAGGUCAUCCCCCGACAGCUGUGCGACAACGCCGGCUUCGACGCGACCGACAUCCUCAACAAGCUGCGCGUCGAGCACCGAAAGGGCCGCACCUGGGCCGGCGUCGACUUUGGCAACGAGGGCGUUGCCGACAUGAUGGACCGCUUCGUCUGGGAGCCCGCCCUGAUCAAGGUCAACGCCAUCCAGGCGGCGACCGAGGCCAGCUGCCUGAUCCUCGGAGUCGACGAGACCAUCAGGAACGAGGAGAGCGCCAAGCCCCAGGCGCCUGGCCAGAUGCCUCCGGGGGCCGCUCAGCGGGCGGUCAGGGGACGAGGACGGGGUAUGCCCCGCAGGUAA